UGGACCCAUCAGGAAACUUUCAAUUUAAUCCAAGCUUAUCAAGAAAAAUGGUAUUCUUUAAAAAAAGGCCAGCUCAAGGCUAGCCAAUGGGAAGAAGUAGCCAUUACAGUAGCAGCUCGUUGCGGAUUCGAUGAGCCAUCAAAAUCCGCCACCCAAUGCCGUCACAAGAUCGAGAAGCUCCGAAAACGUUAUCGGGCCGAAAGACUCAAACCCUACCCGAAUUCAUGGGAAUAUUUUGACCUAAUGGAUCGUAUGGAGCGUGGGCCUUUACCUAUUUCGGCCCAUCCUGUUGCCAUGGUGAAAUGUCAACAGAAUUCGAAUUCGAAUUCGAUAUCGAAUCUGAAUUCUACUGCUGCUGAUCAUCAGAGGUAUUAUUAUGAUAAUAAUACUGAUAGUGAUGAAGUUGAUGCCCUUAGUUAUAUGGAUAUGAGGAAAAAUAAGUGUAAAAGUAUUAAUCAUAUUGUUCCUGGCGAAAUGGGCUUAAUGGGUAUGAAUGUGAAUGUUGUUGAUAAUAGAAAUGUGAAUAGGAUGGUGAAAGAUCGAAACUUCAAUGUUUUUGAACAAAAAGAUCGAAACUUUGAUGUCAUGAGGGGGAUGAGGAAUCCAAUGAUUGAGAAAAGAAAAGGGUAUUUUGGGAAUGUGGCUCUUGAUGAUGAUGACGAGGAUGAUGACGUUGAGGAAGAAGUGGAUGAGGAGGAAGAUGAAGAGAAUGAAGGGAGUGUUGGAGGGAGUGAAUUGGCUGCUGAAAUAAGGGGAUUUGCGGAGAGGUUUAUGAGAAUGGAGAAUAAGAAAAUCGAGAUGAUGAAGGAGACAGAGAGGUAUAGGAUGGAGAUGGAGAAGAGGAGAAUGGAAAUGAUUCUUGAGAAUCAGAGGAAUCUCAUUGAUACUAUUAAUAGGGUCGUUGGAUCGCAUAAGAAAGUGAAGGUGGCUCAAGAAUUUUGAACUCGUUCGUUACAUUUCAUUGGGAUGGAGAUAGUCUUUGAUGCUAAAAUGAACAAGAAAGUUCAUCAGAGGAAAUUGCAUUCGACUUGAAUGUAGAUUUUUCUGUGGUAGAGUUCAUAUCUGCUGGAGGAUUCAGUUUGUAGACAAGAUUUGAGUUAACCUAAAGAAAUUCAGAAGAUCUGUAAUUGCUGUUGCAACAGUAACAAUGGAAUAAGAUGGAUCCUUUUAAAUUGUAAAGUUAA